CGCAGCUUGCCACCCCCCCCUCCCCGGUGCUGCUUGGGGCAGGGUUUCCCUGGACCCGGCUCCCCUCGGCGGCCGCACCAUGGCUGGCCCCGGCCCCGGCGCGGCGCUCGAGUCCCCGCGGCAGCUCCUGGGCCGCGUGCGCUUCCUGGCGGAGGCGGCGCGGAGCCUCCGGGCCGGGCUGCCGCUGCCCGCGGCGCUGGCUUUCGUGCCGCGAGAGGUGCUCUACAAGCUUUACAAGGACCCGGCGGGACCGUCGCGCGUGCUGCUGCCUGUGUGGGAGGCAGAGGGCCUGGGGCUGCGUGUGGGAGCCGCGGGCCCUACCCCGGGCACAGGCUCAGGACCGCUGCGCGCCGCCCGCGACAGCAUAGAGCUCCGGCGAGGCGCCUGCGUGCGCACCACCGGCGAGGAGCUGUGCAACGGCCACGGGCUCUGGGUGAAGCUGACCAAGGAGCAGCUGGCCGAACACCUCACUGACUGCGGUCUGGACGAAGGCUGGCUGCUCGUGUGUCGCCCGGCGGAGGGCGGGGCCCGCCUUGUACCCAUCGACACUCCGGACCAUCUGCAGCGGCAGCAGCGGCUCUUUGGCGUGGACUACCGGCCGGUGCUCAGAUGGGAACAGGUGGUGGACCUGACAUACUCACAUCGUCUGGGGGCCAGGCCUCAGCCAGCAGAGGCCUACACAGAAGCUGUACAAAGGCUACUCUAUGUACCCCCAACGUGGACGUAUGAGUGCGACGAGGACCUGAUCCACUUCUUGUAUGACCACUUGGGCAAAGAAGAUGAGAACCUGGGUAGUGUGAAGCAGUAUGUGGAGAGCAUAGACGUCUCCUCCUACACGGAGGAGUUCAACGUGUCCUGCCUCACAGAUAGCAAUGCGGAUACCUACUGGGAGAGUGACGGGUCCCAGUGCCAACACUGGGUACGGCUAACCAUGAAGAAAGGCACAAUUGUCAAGAAGCUGCUACUCACAGUGGAUACCACAGAUGACAACUUCAUGCCGAAGCGGGUCGUGGUCUAUGGGGGUGAAGGGGACAACCUGAAGAAGCUGAGUGACGUGAACAUUGACGAGACCCUGAUUGGGGAUGUCUGUGUCCUAGAGGACAUGAGCGUCCACCUUCCAAUCAUCGAGAUCCGAAUCGUUGAGUGUCGAGAUGAUGGGAUUGAUGUUCGUCUUCGAGGGGUCAAGAUCAAGUCAUCUAGACAGCGGGAGCUAGGGUUGAAUGCAGACCUCUUCCAACCGGCCAGUCUGGUGCGAUAUCCACGCCUGGAAGGCACUGACCCGGAAGUACUGUACCGCAGAGCUGUCCUUUUGCAGAGAUUCAUCAAGAUCCUGGACAGUGUCCUGCACCACCUGGUCCCUGCAUGGGACCACACACUGGGCACCUUCAGUGAGAUUAAGCAAGUGAAACAGUUCCUACUGCUGUCGCGCCAGCGGCCCAGCCUGGUAGCACAGUGCCUGCGCGAUUCAGAAAGCAGCAAGCCCAGCUUCAUGCCCCGGCUGUACAUCAACCGCCGCCUUGCCAUGGAGCACCGCGCCUGCCCCUCUCGGGACCCUGCCUGCAAGAAUGCCGUCUUCACCCAGGUUUAUGAGGGCCUCAAACCUUCUGACAAGUAUGAAAAGCCCUUGGACUACAGGUGGCCCAUGCGCUAUGACCAGUGGUGGGAGUGUAAAUUCAUCGCCGAAGGCAUCAUUGACCAAGGCGGUGGUUUCCGUGACAGCCUGGCAGAUAUGUCAGAAGAGCUGUGCCCCAGCUCAGCCGACACCCCUGUGCCUCUUCCCUUCUUCGUGCGCACGGCGAACCAGGGCAAUGGCACUGGUGAGGCCCGAGACAUGUAUGUGCCUAAUCCCUCUUGCCGAGACUUUGCCAAGUAUGAGUGGAUCGGGCAGCUGAUGGGGGCGGCCCUUCGGGGUAAGGAGUUUCUGGUCCUGGCCCUGCCUGGGUUCGUGUGGAAGCAGCUGUCUGGUGAGGAGGUGAGCUGGAGCAAAGACUUCCCAGCAGUGGACUCCGUGCUGGUAAAGCUCCUGGAAGUGAUGGAAGGAAUGGACAAGGAGACAUUUGAGUUCAAGUUUGGGAAGGAGCUAACAUUCACCACUGUACUGAGUGAUCAGCAGGUCGUGGAGCUGAUCCCCGGGGGCACGGGCAUCACAGUGGGCUACGAGGACCGCUGUCGUUUCAUCCAGCUGGUCCAGAAGGCACGGCUGGAGGAAAGCAAAGAGCAGGUGGCAGCCAUGCAGGCAGGUCUGCUGAAGGUGGUGCCACAGGCAGUGCUGGACUUGCUGACCUGGCAAGAGUUGGAGAAGAAGGUGUGUGGGGACCCGGAGGUCACUGUGGAUGCCCUGCGCAAGCUCACUCGGUUUGAGGACUUUGAACCAUCUGACACAAGAGUGCAGUACUUUUGGGAGGCGCUGAACAAUUUCACCAACGAGGACCGGAGCCGGUUCCUGCGCUUUGUCACUGGCCGCAGCCGCCUCCCAGCUCGGAUUUACAUCUACCCAGACAAACUGGGCUAUGAGACCACCGACGCCCUGCCCGAGUCUUCCACCUGCUCCAGCACGCUCUUCCUCCCGCACUACGCCAGUGCCAAGGUAUGUGAGGAGAAGCUCCGCUAUGCCGCCUACAACUGUGUGGCCAUCGACACCGACAUGAGCCCGUGGGAGGAGUAAGGCUGUGCCUAAGCGUGCGACUGCUACCCUCACCCAGGCCAACCCCAUCUGGUCUCAGUGGAGGUGAUAGGUUCAGAAAACAUCAACCCAGCGGGACCCUGCGCCAGUGUGAGGUUGCAGUGGGGGCCAUGAGUCGACACUGAUGCUCCGGCCCCACAGACCCACAAGCCCUGCUCGUGCUGGGGCUUGCAUCCCCAGGCAUUUAGCCUCUGUGAGGGGGAAUCUUCCACAAGCCCAGCACAAGCUCCCAGGCCUGAGCUACUUGAAGGGGGCCGUCUAGCUCCCCAACCAUGGACUGUUUUUGGUUUCCCGUUUUCCGCUUCUAACUUCAGCCAUGGCUCAAAAUAUUUAAAAAUUGGUAGGAUGGUACUUUAAGCAAGGAGCCAAGGACAGAUAGAGGGGCAUCUUCCUUGGUCACGAUCCCCAAGAAUCCACGAACACCCUAACUGGGUGUCCCAUCCCUUGCAUUCUAGGCUUCUUCCUUCCAUAGCGGAGGUGUGUGAGCCCUGUCCUUCCUGUGGCUCAGGAUGUACAUACACUCAACAUUCAGUCUUUACCAGCAGCCAAAACUACCCUCUUCUGUGUCAUGGCCAGCCCAACUCAAUAUCCGCUCUUUCACUCCCAAGAUUUCACAGCUGAGGCCCCUUCUGUCCUCUGAAAUUUCAGUGAUUCCCCGUUACCAGACUCUAAAAUAGGCCUAGACAUUCACUCUGAGGGUCACAUGUCUCCAGCCCCCCUCGAGACUUCUUUAAAAAGUCUCGUACAUAGGGAGAUUGAAUAAAUGAAUGAAUUCAUUUCUUUAGAA